UACUAUGUCACGUGAUUUAAGUGUGUACAAAGUGUAAACGAUUGAUUACAUUCUAACAUAAAUAUUAGAGAUGAUAUAAUACACUAUACUACGAUCAAUUUUAAAAACAGUAUGGAUAUUAAAAUUUAAUUUAAAGAAACACCUAGGAUUAAUUUUCGAGUAUACAAACACGAAAUAAACAUGGAAUGGACAUUAGAAACGUACCGCCUGGACGAAAUAGAAAGGAGGUUCGACUUUCCAUGUGUAAUUUGUGUGAAUGAGGGUUUCUAUUCUGAAACAGACACUGAAGGGUUCUCCCAAGGGGACAUCAUGUCCAUAGACUCAAAAAUGGUCUUGCAUAAAGUAGCUGCCAAUUUUGCAUACGAGGAGGAGCACAAUGGUUGGCAGGAUCCAAACUAUGUACAACUGACCGAAAAAGAAAUUCUUGUGCCAUUAAACUACAAAGGGAAACUGAAAGUGCUUAGAGAUGUUAAGAAUUUCGACAGUGUUCGAGAACUGGCAAAUGAUUUUCCAAGAUACGCAAAGCUAAGAGAGAAUUUGACAGUGACGACGGAAGAAAAUGUACCGGUCAUUAUUCAGGCUGGGACUAUGAUAGAACUGGAUAGGGUCAUUCCACCAAGUAAAUUGGUUAUUCAGUUCCAACACAGAGGUAGUACACUUGUUGUUGCUGUGCCACUGACUGCAAGAGGAAAAUUCCGCACCGAAGAAGAUAAGAACGAAUACACAAUGAAAGAAGCAAUAGAUAGAUAUAGUCUCCCACAAAUUGUUAGCUUCGUUGACGAUGAAAUCAAACGCGUCUAUACCCAGGACCUGUUGGAAGGAAUAGAAAACAUGAGAACAAUUACAGUGAAAACACUACGUCUGAAUCGCCUUCUUACACAAAAUGUACUAGUUGGACACUACAAACCUUUAGAUGAAAGCGAAACAAAUGAUACUGAAAGAUUUCGACAGAGAACCCUAGUUGUGUUGCCUAUUGACAAUCCAGAAAUACGUGAUAUAGAAGUGAACGUGCUGAAGGGUAUUACUGAAGACAUUUAUGAAGAGGUGUUUCUCGUGCGAAAUGUGUCACACUCCGAGACUGGUGCACUAGUCGACGGAUCGUUGUAUGUGGACUUCGCAAUGUCUCCGGGAAUAAAAAUAAUACCAGCCGCAGAUCCAAAAUCGGAGGACUCGCAAAGCCAAGAUAAGCCACCUCCCCGACCGCCAAAACCAGGACAUCUUAAAUCACCGGGAACAGGGAAUGCAGAAACCCGACGGAAGCAGGCCAAGAAGACCACAGACGGCGGUGAUUACGUUCCAUAUAAACCUGCAAAAGCAGACAAGAAAAGUAACUCUCCUCAAACGCACAGAAGGAAACAACCCCAAGCAGUUAAAAAACCUGCUCCACAGGAAUCAGAUGUAUUAAGCGAUUAUGAAUAUCCAGAUAACCCAAGUCCUACAACACAUGGCGAAUACUUGGAUUUCAAUUUGGCAGAUUUGAAUUUCUGCAGUACCGGUGGUCAGAAAAAUCCGCUGGAAAAGCACACUUCGAAAGGCAAAGAUUUGUUGUUGAAUUUAAAAAACAAAUUCAAGACUAAAGAUAAAAUAACAACUCCAACAGAGGAUGUACAGAGUGAAAUCAAGAAAAAGGUGACGGCAACAGUUAAACCAAGACCACCAGCACCAGAGCCAGAUGUCGACGUAGAGGAAUUGGAAAGUAAUCUCCCCGUGUAUGAUGAAGUUAAUGAGUGGACAAUGAAUGAUUCUUCUCUUCACAACUACCAGUCACCACCGAAGCCUGUGCCUAUAAUCAGUAAAGCCGGGAAAGACAGAAAGGCAUACCCCACACCGAAUCCAGUUAAAGAAAAGCCCACUGCACGUGUAACGCCAUCAAGCAAUCAUUCAGAAGAAGGUAGAAAACACUUUAAGGAUUUGAACAACGAGGAACUUGUCGAACGUCUAUACUUCUGUGAUCUAAACGAUUUUGCUGAGUUUUGCAAAAGGGAGAAACUGAAUGGAGCAUUCUUUAGUAACGUUGCAAAAGAAACCCUAACACAAGAAAUGAACUUGAAAGGAAUAUCGCUAUUAAAGUUCAUCAAAAUGAGAGACCAUAACUGGGUUCCAACCUGAAGGUUUUUAUUUCUUACAGUUUCAAUGUAAUUAAAUAAGCGCGUUAUGUGAUUAAAUUGCAAGUGUGCCUGAUAUACAUACAGCUUUCUAGUGAGACAAAAUAAUACAUUUUCUUUUAUUACCAUUAGAAAUACCCAAUAUUUCUUUUUCAAUGAAGGUAUUCUAUACCAUUAGAAAUGUCUAAUUUCCUGUUCAAAUGGAGGUGUUCUCUGCCAUCAGAAAUAACCAGUUACCUUCUCAAUUGAAGUUAUUCUAUGCUAGUAGAGAUAUUCAAUUUCCUUUUGAAACGGAGGUAUUCUAUACUAUUGGAAAUAUUCAAUUUCCUUUUCAAAUGGACGUAUUCUAAUCUUUUAAUUUACUCGUCAAGAACUAGAACGUGGAACUAGCACUAGCUGUUCAGUUUCAAAAUAUGAUGACUUUUCACGUUGAUCUUAACAAAUAGUUUUGUUGCCUGUAUAAUUAUUUUGACAAGAAAACACAUUUAGUAAUAUUUCUUCAUAUUUACAUAGAUAUAGAUACAGUUUUAUUAAGUUUGCAAAUAAAAAAAAUGAUAUAUC